CUCCGCGACCUCAUGGCCUGUCGCCGGCCCCGCGCCUCGUCCACCCUCGUGCUAGGUAUGAAGACCACAGCAGCAGCGUGGGUGGUGAUCCUGGGCAUCGCGGGCGUAAUGUGUGCCCCGCCCGCAUCCGUGGUCAAUGAAGUCAAGGCAAGGUUGCAGGCCAAGUACCGUAGCAGUGACUUCAGCAGAUCAGACCACUGGGGCGUUAAUAUGACUACACCCGAGUUAAUAGAAGCCUUUGGAUACCCAGUGGAGACGCACCACCUCACCACCGAGGAUGGAUACAUUCUGGAGAUGCACAGGAUCCCCCACGGCAUCUCAGGUCCUUCGGAAAACCGGCCGGUGGCGUUCCUGGAGCACUGCCUCCUCUGCUCGUCAGCUGACUACAUCAUGAACGUGCCUGAGAAAGCGCUGGCAUACAAACUCGCCGAUGCAGGCUAUGACGUAUGGCUCUCGAACAUGCGUGGAAACACCUAUUCCAGAAACCAUGUGGAGUUGGAUCCUGAAGACAUCAGCUUCUGGCAAUUCAGCUGGGACGAAUUAGCCUUCUACGAUGUUCCAGCGAGUAUUGAUUACGUUCUCAGCAUGACCGGGGCUGAAGCCGUUUACUAUGCUGGCUGGAGCAUGGGCACGACCGUCUUCUGGGCUAUGAUGAGUGAAAAACCUGAAUACAACCAGAAGGUUCGAGCCAUGGCUGCUAUGGCUCCUGUUGCCUUCAUGGACCACGCUGAAGGACCUAUUAUGGCGCUGGCUCCUUACGCUGAUGAUCUAGACUUCAUGGCCACACUCCUCGGCGUCGGUGAGCUCCUGCCCAGUUCCGAUCUGCUGGAUCACUUCGUCGAGACCUACUGCGACGUGGAGGCUGCCACCGCUGAAGUCUGUUAUAACUUCCUCUUUCUCCUUGCCGGUCCAGACCCUGACGAAGUUCCGAAGGACUUUCUCCCUAUAAUCCUGGCUCACACACCUGCCGGGGCGUCUGUUCACACCGUUAAUCAUUACGCACAGCUGGUCAUGUCAGGCGUCUUCGCCAAAUACGACUACGGUCUCAUAGGCAACCUGAACCACUACGGACAGAACACGCCGCCGCUUUUCAACCUGAGCAGAGUCACGGCUCCCGUUGCCUUGUUCUGGGGCUCCACGGACUGGCUGGCUGAUCCUACGGACGUGGCGAGGCUCGCUGAAGGUCUUCCAAAUCUCGCCCUUAAUCACAAGGUGGAUAAGGAACAGUUCAACCAUCUAGACUUCGGCUGGGGCAUCCACGCCGACGAACUGGUCUACCGCCACAUCCUCGAUUUCUUCGCGAACUACUGAUUAAGAAGAAAAAGAUCCCCCCCAAAUAAAGGAAAAAACUGAGAA